UCGGCCUUUAUCCUCAACUACCAAAAAAAUAGAACCAAACCCAUCUAAAAUCAGGGAUCCGAUUAAGCCCUAACACAAUUAGGCUUUAACAAAUUAACCUAUAUAUACUCCCUAUCAUAAAAACCAAAUUUACUUAGUAGCUUUUUCAAAGAAUUAGGGCACCAAAAAUAAAAUAAAAAAAUCAUCUUGUUCAUCAAUGGCAACAACUCGAUUAACAGGGAUUGUUUCCCGUUUUAGUAACCAAAAAGGUUACGGUUUCAUUAAACCUGAUAAUGGAACUGAAGAUGUAUUUGUUCAUCAAUCUGAGAUUAAAUCUGAUGGUUUUCGUUCAUUAUAUGAAGGUCAAAAAGUUGAGUUUACUGUAACUGGUAACGGUGAUAAGUAUCAGGCCGUUGAUGUUACCGGUCCUAACGGUGAAUCUCUUGACGGUAACGUUGGUGCUAGGGUUAGGGUUAAGGUUAGUGGGAAUGGGAGUAAGUGUUAUAAUUGUGGGAGGAUUGGACACGUGGCUAGGGAUUGUGAUGGUGAUCGUAAUGGUGGUGGUGGGGGGGCGUGUUAUACGUGUGGGAUGACGGGGCAUAUGGCUAGGGAUUGUGAUCGUAGUGGUGGUGGUGAUCGUAAAAGUAAUGGUGGUGGUGGUGGUGCGUGUUACACGUGUGGAGUGACGGGUCAUGUAGCUAGGGAAUGUGAUCGUGAUCGUAUUGGUGGUGAUCGUAAUGUUGGUGGUGGUGGUGGUGGUGGUGCGUGUUAUACUUGUGGGAUGACGGGGCAUAUAGCUAGGGAAUGUGAUCGUGAGCGUAUUAGUGGUGUUGUUGGUGGUGAUCGUAAUGUUGGGGGUGGUGGUGGAGGUGCGUGUUAUACUUGUGGGAUGACGGGGCAUGUAGCUAGGGAUUGUGACCGUAUUGGUGGGGUUGUUGGUGAUCGUAAUGCUGGUGGUGGUGGUGGUUGUUAUAAUUGUGGUGGGUUUGGGCACAUGGCUCGAGAUUGUCCAAGUGAGAGACGUGGUGGUGGUGGUGGUAAUGGGGGUUGUUAUAAUUGUGGAUUGCCGGGGCACUUGGCAAGGGACUGUUCACGCGAGAGUGGCGGUGGUGGCAAUUUUGGGAGAUUCGGUGGUGGUGGUGGUGACAGGUUUGGAAGAUCUGGUGGUGCUGGUAGUGGCAAGUGUUACAACUGUGGAGAAGGUGGCCAUUUUGCUAGGGAAUGCACUAGUCCAGCUGUGAAGUGAGAAAGUCUUAUUAUUUAGGAGUAUUUUAAUAUGGACAAUUUGAUGUGUUUUUUUUUUUUUUUUUUAGUCCUUUUAUAUUCCUACAUAACAUGGAUUGGUAGCUUUUAGGAUAAGACUAAUUAGUUGUUGAGAUAUUGCUAUAAACUGUUCAUGUGAUGGAAAGUUUUGAUUUUUUUGGUUGGUUAUACAAAUAUAUAUAUAUAAAGAGUUUGGCCCGUUUUUGCUA